ACCCCCCUCCCCAACACACACCAAACACCCCUUCCUUCGAACAUCGAAGCAGCUAGCCCUAAGGUUCCCCAGACGGCCAGACCCAAAACCCAACUUCGUCGCCGGAACCGCCGCCGCCGUCCGUGGUUGUCUGCGUCUUCGCGGCCUCCUCCUUCCCCUGUCCCAAAGGCAUACGGCCAGAGCUUCUCUUCUAGCUCGGCGCGUCAUCCAUUCUGCCGGUGAAGUUGCUGUUCGAGGCUUCCAGCUGCUGCGCCGUCGUCUCGCCGUUGACGUCCUGCUGUGGUGGAAGCAAUCAACACAGAGAAACAGCAAUGAGUGAUUCAAGGGAGAGCUCCCCAGAUUGGUUGCGUUCUUUUCAGGUGCCAUCGCAUUCGCCAUUGAUACUGUCAUCUGAUUCCAAGUCCUUACAUGACGAUAGCCUAUCAAUUGGGGAUGAGACUGAUGCUGAAGGAUCAUCUCUGGAGAUCAGCAAGUGUAAGAGUAAGAAUAAGAGUAAGAGCAGGAGCACUGGUCUUGGCAAAAGCCGUUAUAAGUCUUCACCUAGAAAGACAUUAGAAGUAGCUGCUGUUGAAAUAGAAGGUUGUACUACGUCAUCUAGAAGAAAGAAAUCAGAGAAGCAAAAUGCAGAAGGAGACAUAGAGGAAAGGAAGAUUGGCAUUGAUUCAAACAAUGACAUGCAUGUCGAGCAUAAAGAAUCUGUUUAUCCAAUUUUGAGUCUAUCAUCGGAUUCUGAGUCGUGCCUUGAUCAUACCCCCAAAAAAGAAAUUCGUAACAAUCAGGUGGAAGCUUCUCAGCAACAAAUACCUCAAUUGAUUAGUGAAGAAGCUAAGGAUAAAAUUAUCCUUGGCAAUGAUGGAAAGUCUCCAUCCAGAAAGGGUUCAAAAGGAAAGUCUUCUCAGAAACCAAUUCAUGUAGAAGAAGAUCAUUCACCAGUGAAAGGGAAGAAAACAAAGGGCAGUGCAAAGGAGAGAGGUAGUGGUGGAGAUCUGGAGGCUGAGGAGGAAGAAACUUGUGAAAAGCUCAUUGAGACAAAUGUCUCCUCUUCAAGGCUGCCUUUGGUGCUUUCUGAGAAAGUUCAACGCACAAAGGCUCUUGUUGAGUGCCAAGGUGACUCCAUAGAUCUCAGUGGUGAUGUGGGAGCUGUAGGCCGGGUUAUAAUUUCAGAUUCUGCAUCCAGAGAUCAGGAAAUGCACUUAGACUUGAAAGGAACUAUAUACAAAACAUCUAUAGUUCCUUGCCGGACAUUUUGUGUGGUUAGCUUUGGACAGUCCGAGGCAAAGAUAGAGGCCAUUAUGAAUGACUUCAUACAGCUGGAGCCACAAUCUAAUGUAUAUGAAGCUGAAACUAUGGUUGAAGGGACACUGGAUGGUUUUGCCUUCGAUUCAGAUGAGGAAGCUGGCAAGAUGCCAAAGGCCACCCAAACUGAUCAAAAUGAGCAUGCUGAGGAAGAAACUCACAGUAAAUCCAAAGGGAAGGGUGACAAGAAAACAAUUUGGAUACAGGGUGCUGAAAAGAAAAGAGGUAGAAGUACUGGAGGAAAACCACAACCUAAGACAGUAAAGAAAAAAGCUCCAAAAAAAGCUCCAAAUUCUAAGGCAAAGACGAAGAAUUGAAGAAUUGAGUUGAAGAAGUGUUCCAUUUUGUAUGUUGUAAACUUAUACUCAAUCCUUGGGUUAAAAGUACUAGUUGAUGAAAUACUUUGCCCAUGUCAGAGAUAAUAACACUACAGCAGCAACAAAUCCACCCCAGAAGAAUUGGGAUUCUUUUCUCCCUCUUUUGAGAAGCACUCCUGGAGUUUCUUGUCAUUCCAUAUCAAUAAUGUUCGUGUCUUAGAAACACUGAGAAAGAAGAUCGAGAAUCAAGAGAAUGAUAGGCGCUGGUAAGGGCAAGAGAGUAUUUGAUGAGGAAGUAACUUGCUUACGCUUGGGCUUUCUAGGUGGUGGUGUAUGAUUUUGGUUUUUCAUCCUGUGUUGUAAAUUGUAAUGUAAAAUGUUAGUUAGUUAUUGGAUGGGUUUAUCAUGAAAAUGUGGCAAUAAACAAAAAGAGAAGGGAAACAAAUCACAGUUGUGGAAGAUGAUGCAUAGUUGUAAACCUGUAGGGACAAAAAACAAUCUCAUAUUCACUAGCUUUGCAAGUGAAAGUGCUGGUUCCAUCAUCAAAUGCAUAACUAUAAGCUCUAGGACACGCCUUCUUGAAGAUAGUUGAAUAAAUUGUAGGCUGGCAACUCUUUGGGUUAGCAUAUUGUCCAGCGCAGCAGUACCGAUCCGACUUGAAUGCCUCACAAGCACUUCUGCACCCUACUACACCACGCUGGUUUCCUUCUUCACCAAGCACUUGAAGUUCUCUAGGGCAACCUAUACCAUUGCAUUUUUUUAUAAUUCUAUAAGGGUAUCCAACAGGCCGGAAGCCUAAUGACUAAUCCCUCGGGUACUGCAGAGGUACACAAAGUGGGCGAUCCUCCCAAGCAAGCAAGCUCCAUUCCCAUUCUCCAAUGAGUAUCGAACCCGGGAGAAAUGGUUAAGGGACACAGACCCUCAUCUAUUUGUGCCAACUUGCGUUGGUAGCAAUUCUUUGCUUUUGCUGUUGCAUGGGAAAUUUCACAAACUUUUGGAAAUCACGGAUUUCCUCGUAGAAUCGUGUAUAGAACUUCCUAGGUUGAACCUUGUAAGAAUUUGCAUGGAUUAUUCGGUGUGUUUCCAAGUCCAAAGGUAGAAAUAGAACUUUGACUUUUACCAAGGUCUUAUAGGAAGCAAAAUUAUUUUUCAAUGGUGAAAAAUAGAAAUUGACCUCAACCUCCCUCAACCUCGAGUAUGCAAAUUAAGCAGUUAUCCACCGCGAAGACUAAGGCUGCGAGAGGAUUUUCCCCGAGACAAUUUUGUAUAUCUUAAACUUUUGGGUUAAGUACGAUUUUUGUCUCUAAGGUAUAGGUUGAAAAUUUUUUUUGUGCCUAAUCUUUUUUUAUAUACAAAAUCGUCUCUAAGGUUUAAAUUAAAUUUUAAAAUCGUCUUUUUUACUUAAAUUUUAAAAUUUUGGACCAAAUUACCCAUAACAAAAAAUUAUAAAAUUAAAAAAAAAUAAGAGAGGGAGAGUGUUUUUUCUCCUAUGAAGGGGAAGAGAAGAAGAACAAGGGAGAAGGGAAGAAGAAAAAGUUGGUCAUGAUUCACCUCUGCCUCCGCUUUCACCGCUAAAUAUUUAAAACUAAGUUAAACCUUAGGGACGAUUUUAAAUUCAAGUUAAACCUUAGAGAACGUUUUAUAUACAAAAAAAA